CAGGAACUUAACUUCAACAAACUCAAAAUUGAGGCCAAUUGGAAGCUUUUUUUAGGUGUGUUUUGAAGCCAAAUUGUAUAAUUCUUGCUAACAACAAGAUGGAGCAGCCGCAGCCGCAGCAGCACCUUCUACAUUUUUCCCAUUCAAACCAUCCCUUGGCCUUCAAACAAGACGCAAGAGGUGAAGCUACUUGUUGUGGGUGCCAAGAAUCAGUUUAUGGCCCUACCUACUAUUGUAAAGAAUGCAGUCUUGGAUGGUUUUGGUGGAGACCGCAAUACGUUCAUCAUAAAUCAUGUGCGGAAUUGUCGCUUGGGUUGCACCAUCCCUUGCACCCAAUCCAUCCUCUCAUUCUCUUUGAUGGAAAGACACAUUAUCCUGAAGAAGAACACAAACAAAAGACCAAAUGCCAAGUCUGCAAUGAAUCUCGCGGACAAUACACUUAUCGCUGUUACCGCUGCGACUUCAACCUUCACGCCACAUGUGCUUCCUUACCGCCCACCAUCCAAUCUUCUCAAGUCCACCACCACCCAUUAACCCCCUUUUGGAAGUGGAUGUCGUUCACUUGUGACCUUUGCGGCAAAAGAGUCGAGGGUAUACCUAAUCAGUGUGCCCUAUGUAGUUACUGCAUUCAUAAUACUUGUGCUUCUUUGCCACGCACACUCCAAGUUCUAUAUCACUGGCACCCCCUCCACCUCAUCCAUUCUUCUCUUGAAGUUGAACUCCAUCAAUCCGACUCCCGAUUUUGUCAGCUCUGUGCUCAAAAAGUGAACACAAACUUUGGGUUUUACUAUUGCUCCAGAUGCGAUUUCGUUGCUCAUCUCGGUUGUGCUGCGGACUACAGAAAUAGGGACAACAAAAAUUUGCUGGAACUUAAAGAGGGGGAGAAUGAAGAUUCAGAGCUGGAUCAAUCUGUUAACUCGUUAGCUUACGAAGUCAAAAAUAUCAAAUUGGGGGAGGACGGGACUAAAAUAGCCACAGAAAUUCAACAUUUCAGUCAUGAGCAUGAGCUAAAACUUUCGGAUGAUGAGGUUCUGAAUAAUGAAAAAUGCAACGGGUGCGUACAAGCUAUUUUCCCUCCUUUUUAUGGUUGUGUAAAUUGUAGUUUCUUUCUACAUGAAUCUUGUGCUAAAUUACCAAAGAAAAAGAGACACCCGCUUCAUCAACACUUACUCACCCUCUUCCCAAAAUCACCUUAUGGGAGUAUAUUUUGGUGUUAUGCUUGUGAUCGUUUUUGCUCUGGCUUCAAUUAUAGUUGUAAACCAUGCGCGUUUAGUCUCAAUAUUCCAUGUAGUUUAAUCUCAGAUAUCCUUAUCCACCAUGGUCAUGAGCAUCAACUUCUUCUCUCAAGCAUAAAAUCUAAACAUAAUUGUAGUUGUUGUGAUUCUAAAAUUUCCCCAAUAUUCCGUUGUACCACUUGUGACUUUGCUUUGGACUUCAAAUGUGCUACACUACCACAAACUGCAAGGUACAAACAACAUGAGCAUUCCUUCACUCUCUGUUAUACUGCUGAAGAUGACUCCGGUGAAUAUUAUUGUCAUAUAUGUGAAGAAGAACGCAACCCAAAGCAUUGGUUCUACUAUUGUGAAAAUUGCGAUUAUCCUGCACAUACCAAAUGUAUUCUUGGGGAAGACCCAAAUCUCAUGUAACACAUAUAAUGGCCAUCUGCCUGGAGAUUCUUACACGUUUGUUUGUCACCUACACACCUUUAAUUUCAUUGAGAAAAUCAAAGGCCACCCUCAAUGUAAUAGAUGCAAUACUUCUUGCAAAGAUUUGAUUUAUCAAUGUGCCUAAUGUAAUUUCUAGAUGCACUAUUAUUGUUUAUAGAAAGAAAAAUGUUGUUUAAAUUUUUAUUCUAUACUAAACAAAGUAGACAGAAUUUUUGGUGCAUGAAAUUUGUAAUUCUUAUUCUAUUUAAUUUAUUUUAUUUACUUUUGAACUUAAGCUUAGCUUAUUAGGAUUGUUGUUUCGUACCACUCAAAUGGCCACAACAUUUAAUGUAUUGUCACAUUUACUAAAUUUAAUAUUUAGUCCUACAAGCAACUUGCUAAAUUCUUCAUUGAACAUACCAAUCUGGAUGCUGGCACUAACCUUAAGGUGGGUUUUUCUCUAUUUGUUUUAGUAUAUUUGGGUUCUUGAACAACAUUUGAGCUGGUUGUUGGUGCUUAUGUUUGUAUAGUUGUUG